AUGCAGGUUAAUACUAAACUGGUGGUUGGAAGUUGUCAAGAAGAAAUCGUCAACCUAAAAAGAAAGAUUAGUGAUAUGAUUAUAAUCCUAAGUAAUAUUAGUAAAUGGGAAGAUACAAGUAAAACAACAUCAAGUGAAUUUAAAACUUCACCCCAAUACACAAUCUUGUUUUAUAUAAUAACAAAAAUGUCCACAAAUCAUGAUGUUUACAAACUAUCACCAAUAUUAUCUAAUGAGUCAAUAGAUUUGAAAAUGCGAAAUCACGAAAAUAAUUGGUCAACAUUAAAUAAUCAUGGUUGUACAUGGACAUCUAAUUGUAACACUUCUAUUGUAUCUGAUACAAGCAGUAUUUAUACAACAGAAUAUUACAAAUCAAUUUCAUCUAAUGCAAGUAAUUCAUGUCCAAGCCAAAUUCAUGAUCAAUCUAGUUCAGUACUAAGUGAAUAUUUCUAUAAUGGUUCAAAUAUAUUUCAAUCAUUAAAAAAUAUCAAUACAUCAUGUAUUAAUACAUAUAACAACGGUAAUGGUGAUCCACUUGAUUAUUCUAUACAUUCUUCAAUCGAUAAUCUUAAAGAUCCCACAUUAACAUUAAAUAAAUCUCAUAUUCAAUUACGAUCAAAUUAUAUUCAACCUUCAAUCAGUCAAAAAAAUCAAGAUAAUAUUCAAUCACCCUGUAUAUUGAAGAAUACAACAAUAAGUUCUCCCAUGAAUACAGAAACUACCGGCGGACGAUUAUUAAAACCUUAUAAAUAUUUAACAUGGCGUGAAAAAGAUCGUAGACGAAGAUUUCGUGAAGAAUGGAAACAUUUAUGGCUUGUUAUACCAUAUGGACUUUAUGAAGUCAUGUGUCUUGUUUGUCAUAAAGUGAUGACUCAAAGAAAAGUGGAUACGAUCAAACGUCAUACCGUUAGACGACAUGUGGAAUUAAUAGGAAUGUCUGAUUCUGAAAGGGAAAAAUUAUUUGAUCAAUUAAUUAAACAGUAUACUAUGCUUAGAGUCACUAACUACAAUUCUUCUAACGAUGUACCUAAUCAGUUGCAUCAGAAAUCAGAUUGUCUUUAUCAAACUGACUCUACAAAAAACUGUGAUGAACUUUCAAAUGUGAAAGCAUCGAGUGAAGUUUUGACAAACAAUUUAAAUAAUACUAAUACAUGUCUGUUUGAACAACAUUCUGUUAUGAAUCGUUUAAAAAAGAUCGAUACAAAGAAUAACAACUCAAUGAAUAGAGAGUCAGAUUUUCAACACCUACUGACGAAACAGGAUAAACAGUUAAAUUGUAAAAGUUAUCAGACAACGAACACAAUCCCAAGAUACUCUCGGAACUCCUGUUCCAAAAAAUACAAAAGCUUACCGGAAGUUAAACAAGAUAGAAGUAUUAUUGAAAAUUUACAAGAUUUACCAACAAAUAUACCUGAAAAUUGGGAUGACCCCUCAAUAUUUGAGGAGGAAUCAUUUCCUUUACGAAAAUCUCUUUUAGAUACACCAAGAAAUCAUUGUGAUAGAUUAGAACAACCCUAUAAUAAAGAGAGCUUCCAUGCUGGAAAAUUAGGUUCAAAAGUGAUUCCUUCAAACACUAAUUCAAUGAUCCCUUCAUUUUCACCAUUUUCUACAGUUGUUCCAAUAUCUAAAUGUUCUUCAUGUACAUAUCCUUCUGAGUCAGAGAAUUUUCAUAAUUUCUUGAAGUCUUAUGUCUCAAUGAAUUCUCUCUUGUCAUCACCAAACAUACCAACUUCGUCAAUAUCUUCAUUAUUAAUGCCACAGAUAUUUCCCACAUUUAACAGUUCAAAUAGGUUAUCAACUAGUAUGAAAUCAACUUCAAGUUUAUAUACAAAUAGUGACAUUAGCUGUCAUACUGGGAGUAACAAUAGAGAUAAUAAUAAUGAUAGUGAUAAAUCACAUCAAAAUCAUCAACUGAGUUCUACAGAAAAACAGACAACAAUAAAUGAUUAUCGUAAAAGAUCAAAUCACUUAUUAGAAUCUUCAAUAAAUACAGAGAUGAGUCUCACAAAUUCUAUGUUAACUAAUAAUAAUAAAAAGAAUAUAAAAGUUCCAUAUACGCAACAAUGCUCAACUCAAAAUACUUAUGAUGAUUCUCACAAUAAAUCGGUUCAUUCAUCAAAUUUACAAAUUUCUUCUAAUCCGAGUAUUCCAAGAUCUCUACCAUUUACGAUGUCCACUUUCAUGGAAGAUUUCUCAAAACACGAAAUAGAUGAUGGGAUAUUUCCCAAAACGCCGGAAUCUAGAAUCCAUACUUUGGUAAAUAAGAGAAAGUCUGUACAUACGUCUAAUCCAGAACUUUUUAAUGACUGCCCUAAUAAUCACAAAAUAUCAGAUAGGAAAACCGACUUUAUUUCAAGAAAGGAAGAUCAAGUACUAAAUCCAUCAGGAACAAAAUCAAACUGUAGGAGUAAAUCAAAUUCAGGUUCUAAACAAUUCACCAUUUCAUCUUUACUGAAUAUCGAAAGCUUGUCUUCACAAAAUAAGACAUCGUUGACAACACAUCAUGACGAGUUAAUCCCUGAUAUUCAAAAGAAAGAUACAAUAUCACCAGGGUAUGACUACCCUAAUUGGUCUACCCAAAAUCCACAAGAAAAACGAGAAUUAGAACAACUUCCUAUCUCAUGUGUUCUUUGUAAUUCGGAAUCCGUAAAUAAUUGUACUGAUGAUGCAAGAAAACAAUUUAUAUCCAAUGUACCAAGUGAGGAUAAUUUAUUCAGGACCAACAAUGACUCAUUAGACAUAUCAAUAACAAAACAAAUAGAUGCAUUCAAAGAAAGACAGUCCGCUUUUUCAAGUCCUACAGGAUUGUCUAAUGUUUCAGUUCAUCGUAAAUUAUUAGAGCAGUAUACUAGUAUACCUGAAUUAUAUCAAUCAUAUACUGACAUUUUUCACUUGAUAUACUGUUUAAAAAAUCAAAUACCAAUUAAUUGUUUGUCGAAUUCUAAUAUUUUCCACAAUCAAAAUUUGGAAACACUUGGAACCUAUAUGAAGUUAUAUUAUCUUGAACUGUUACGACAUCAUUAUGAUGUACCAAGUACAGAUCUUUCCACUCAAAGUAUACCAACAACAUUAUGCUCUUAUAUACAUGAAGAAAUGUAUGAUAAUUUGUUUAAUUAA